UGACUAACCUAUCCAUCCGUCCAGUCAAAGUUGACACUUUUUAUAGUAAUGAUUAGACACACCGAUAAAAAAUAUUUCUAAUCUACCUUAUUAAUCUUAUUUUUCAAUGUAAAUGAGUUAGAAAAUGGUAAAAAAUUGUGCGAGUGAACUUUGAAGGAAUGUAUCAUAUACUACGUGUGAUACUUUAUCGGCUAUGGGUCGUGUCUACUCUCACACUGUUUUCCAGUGUAAUCGUAUUUUGGUUUUAUGGAUUCCUAACAGCCUUCGCGGUUUUCUUCUGCGGAAUAUCAGGCAUCCUAUACCAUGCACAAGACCUUUUGCUGUAUUACCCAAAUGAUCCACCAGAUUCAAGAGUGUUUGUUCUUCAGCCAAGUAACUAUAAAUUGCCUUAUGAAAGCAUUAAAAUUAACAACAAAGAUGGCCUCAAAAUCCAUAUGUUUCUAAUAAAACAAGCCAACAAUAGUAAUCAUAAACCAACAAUGAUAUUUUUCCAUGGAAAUGCUGGCAAUAUGGGACAAAGGUUGUCCAAUGUGUCUGGAUUCUAUCACAAACUGAGCAUUAAUAUUCUAAUGGUGGAAUACCGAGGUUAUGGCUUAUCAGAGGGCUCUCCUUCAGAAUGUGGGCUAUAUGUUGACGCACAAUCAGCUUUGGACUAUCUUUUACAGAGAACUGAUAUUGAUCGUUCCAAAAUAAUAGUAUUUGGGAGAUCAUUGGGUGGUGCAGUAGCAAUAGAUUUAGCUUCCAGAUUGGAAUAUAGGAACAAGAUAUGGGCAUUGGUUGUGGAGAAUACUUUCACCAGCAUACCUGACAUGGCACAAAUAAUACUGAAGUGGAAAUGCUUGCUGUGGUUGCCCUACUUCUGUCAUAAAAACAAGUACAUGUCUUCGAAGAAAAUAGGGACAGUCUUGACACCAACAUUAGUUGUAUGUGGAUCUAAUGAUGCAUUGGUUCCCCCGGCAAUGGCAAAGGAACUCUACGUGAGGUGCGGCGCCAUCUGCAAGAAGAUCGUAGUGAUGCCUGGCGGAGGCCACGACGACACCUGGACCUGCCGCGACUACUACUCCACCAUCCAACAGUUCUUGGUCAAUGUUCCCCCCAUUCCAGAUGCUAUAGGCCCAUUCUUUGACGAUGAUCUUAAAAACCCAUCCGUUAGGCAUACCAUUGUACAUGAAGUCUAGGGUGUGUAGUUCAAUUUUAGCAAUAAAUCUUUAGUAUGUAAACUUUAUUCCAGUUUGUAAAAAUAAAAAAUAUUUUUCUGAAAUUAAAAUGUAGUACAAAGUAAAUGUUGAUAAUGAUGAGUGAGUUUAAAGAGUCAAUAUUUAUUUGAUGUCAAUCUGUGGAAUUAUUGCUGAAUGGACGUAGAAAAUGUAAGAUUUGAAAGUAAAUUACCAAGUUGUAUACUUUGUAUGAACCCUUCUUAAAGUGAGCCAAAUAGACGAGUAUUUUUCUA